UCGUGACGAACGGUUAUAUAGAUCCCAUCUCCUCCUACUCUUUUUGCCAAAGUGCUCGCAGUGACUUUUAAAUCGGAAUAGAAGGCUAUCCCACAUCUGCUGUUUGGCUGGUACAAACUCAAGUUGAAUUUUUUUUUUUAUUAUUUGGUUAUCGGCGAGAGAAAAUGGACGAGUGGCUUGGCCUGCUCGUUCGUCAGCCCAAUUCGCCGAUCGGGCGAAAUCGGGAAAUGCCGGACAAUCGCCUACAUUGUGCGUCUGAUUAGGCCCCUUAUCUAUCCCUUGCACAGUUGUGUGUGUGUCUGUAUCUAAUCCGAAAGGACACGGCGUGUUAUUGUGCGUAAAAGCCUAUAAUCUGAUUAGACCCAAAGUGACCAUCGCGAAACUUGUGUGUGUGUGUCAACGACGGUCGUCGUCUCUGCAGACGAAAUUCGUCGUGAAAAACCAAAAAGGCCGAAGGAAAGGUUAUUGGGCAGACUCCCAAUCUUUAUAUAUUAUACCUUUAACGUUCCACACCAGACAGCGAUGGCCAUUCUGCGAAAUAUAUUACAGUCAUUCGCUGCCGGACUCGUCUAUUGUCAGCUGCUGGUUGUCUUCUGCUGCCUAUUCGUCCAUCAGGCCAAGCCGGACGGCGCCCUGGCCUACGAAACGGACAGUAUUAAAGACGUUGCCGGGAGAGAAAGCCAACAGCAUUCGGCCGAGGGCAAAUGUUGGCAGAAGGACGUCCUCAAUCUGGAUGCCGAGUGGACGAGCGUGCGGGUGAAUAACGGCCAGCAGCAUCAGCAUCAGCAGCACCACCAGCAUCACCAUCGCCGCCAUCAAUAUCUACCCGAGCUGGAACCUAUGCGGACCGAGAUGAGACCGCCGUACGGAAUCCAGUCGCCCAAUCAUCACGUCACCGUCCGGAUGACGAUUCCGCACGGGGGUGUGGCUCACCUGCCCUGCCCAGUGCGACAACUUGGCAACAAAACGGUUUCUUGGGUCAAGUACUCGGAAGACAGUGUCCAAUUGCUGACGGUGGGCAACGGGACAUAUUCCAACGAUAAUCGGUUGGCGAUCGCGUGGCGCUACCCCGGCAACUGGACAUUGCAGAUCUCGUCCGUCGAGCUCCAGGACACCGGCUGUUACCAGUGUCAAGUCAACACGCAUCCGCCCAUCGGUCUCUUCGUCUAUCUGCACAUCCGAGGUCCGGCCGUGGCGAUUGUCGACGAAAGAAACGUGUCCGUGCGGGAAGCCGUUUUCAAAAGCGGAGCUCUGGUGCGGCUGGUCUGUCAGGUCCGUCAGGCCGACAGGGACAAUUUCUCACUUCACUGGAAAUUCGGCGAGGCUAUUCUCAAUCACGAUACACUGAGAGGCGGUGUCAGCGUCAAGACGGAACGAAAAGGUCGGGACGCCGUCAGCUGGCUCCUCAUGGCCCGGGCGAGUUCACGCGAUUCGGGAAUCUACACCUGUUCAGUAGACAACCGAUCCGAGGCCGUCGUUUCCGUUCACGUCAUACAAGGUGAACAACAGGCGGCCGUUCAAGAGCUGACGGGAGUGGCAGUCCGGCACUGCAGCAUUUGGAUCCUUCUCUUGGUGAUUGGCCAUGCGAUACUCUAUUGAAAAGAAUCGUUUCAUCCAUCUCAAUUGCUUUUGCGUUCUUAUAUGAGUUCCCCUCAGUUAUUCCACUCUAUAUAUCGUACUACCUAUUUUAUGUACAUACAAAAAGGCGAUAAAAAUUCUAUAGUCCUCGUCGUAUAUAACAAAACAGAAAAUAAAUUAAACGAGAAAAAAAGAAGAAAAAGAAAAUAAAGAUCCUGUUUUAUUGCCAUAUCUUUUCCCUCAUUGUGUACUACUUUAACGGUUCUGUCUGCGACGCUAUGCCGUCCUUGUCCCGUCGUAAAUCCAUGGGUCUGCUGGCGUGUGGUCAUAUUGAACCAAUAAAAAAACGAUAAAACUUUUGAUUUUGCCAGCGUCAUUUUGUUGUAUUCUGUUUUGUUUGAAAUAAAAUAUCUGGUUCAUU